AUGUUGUCUCGAGCAGUGCUGGGGGUUGUUGUCAUCCUCGGCUGCCUGGCCACUACCAUCCUGGCCCAGUCGCCCAACAAGACUGUCGAAGACUUCUUUUCUGCCGUUAUUGACAACAAAGCGCAUACACCAAAGAAGUGGAAAACCUCCAUUGGUGGACAGAACUUCACCUGGUGUUGCAUCCAGGCCGUGAUCGAGUCCCUGGCCGUCGACGAGAACGACCACCUGGUGUCCGUUGACAACCCUCCCAUCACCGACCUGAACAUAACCGAGCUUCUCAGAGCCCGAGACGAGAACCAAUUCCCAUGCACCGCCCAGUACGAUCCAGAUAAACCCAACGGCGCCCCAGAGAUUAACGUACCAUACUCGUGGUUCGCCGAAACUUGCCCCGGGUGGGCACUCAGUAGCGGCAGCAACCUGAAUGGCUGGCUUCAACCUUUGUCCGGCUUCCUCCUGCCGGCCGUCGUCUUUUGUCUCUCGGUACCACGUCGCCGAAAGAUCCACGUCUUCCGCGAGUUCUUUGUUGCAGACCUUGCAGGGAUCAAGAGCUACAUUCCCGCAUCCUUCGGCGCGAUUGGUGCGAUGAUUAUCGUGGCGCUCGAUACGAUCCUCUGGCUGUCAAUAUGUUGGGGUCUGUCGGCGCCGAUGAUCUUGAGUGGGUUGUACGAGGCUAUGCUGGAUAGCCGCGUGGUUGACUUUGUGCGAGAGAAGAUGAAGAGCAGGAAUUUGACAUUGGACAUGCGUUGUCGGCUGUUGAUGCUGGUUCUCAUCGGAAAUCUUGACCUGGCUCUUGAAGACGACCCUUACUCAGUCGCCCCAGCUCAAGAACGUCGGCCGUCUCCCAGCAAUAUCGUUAUCCAAGGAACAAGUCCUAAUUCAGGUCGCAGUCUGAGUCGUACGAGGAGCGCCACACUUGACAGCUACGCGGUGCAGCAGCAGCCUCUAGAAAAGCCCGAUACUCCCGACCUCGGAGUCCCUCUCCAUCGGCUGUCCAGCGGCAAGGGAUCAGAAGGGGACAUCGCGGAGAUACAGCAACGAACUUCUUCUGCCCAUGCUGAUCAACUGGGAACAUCAUCCUGUGACAGCACCACGAGAGCUAAUAGUACCUCAAGACGAUCCGUUGCCGGUAUUCCAGCUUCAACAAACCUCGGCAUCAACAGCCCAGACAUGCGCACCGCACAUCCUGAAAAUGCAGUCAUACAGCGAAGGUCUACUGCUCACCUGAAAGCCUCACCGUGGCGUCAUAUGGAGGAGCUGCUCUAUCCGAUCCGGCUAUACAACGACGAAGAUACCGAGAGGCACCUUUCACCACGGCAGUACGCCAAACGCAGCCAUUGCCACGACUUCUGCUUCGACCGCCGGUGCACAAACUACACACACUUCGUGAACGAGAAACCGCAUAUGCGAACCCCCAAGAUUGAGAAGCAGAUCCGCAAGACCAAGACACGUCUUCGGACCAUGGUCAACUGCCAAUACUCCUUCGGCUCGAUGGUAGGCGCGCCGGUGGUCUUCUUCCUGGGCGGGUUUGUGUUUGCCCUCGUCCAGAGCGUCCAAGAACUCGGGAACGAGGACAUUGCCCUGGCCCUCGCGUUCGGCCAGUGGUACAUGACGAUCCCUCACAUUGCCAUCAUAUCGGGCCUGCUACUUGCCGGCAACAAUCCCAACAUCCUCGAGGGCGUCUUCGCAACCCAGCGCCAGGAUGAGCUUGACCAGGUGAAGUUCCUGGGGCUCAACUUCGGCCUGGCGUAUCCAAGCUGCUACAAAGUUGCCUGGCAGUGGCACAGGGGCUACAAUAAGCUGUGUUGGAUUCGUACACUGCUCGACACAUAUGGCCGUCCCAGUAAUGCUGUCCUGGACCGCGUUGGACAGGACGAGCAGGAGGACAACAUGCAGGAUCUGGAGGAUCUCCGCGACAAGACGACGCUGUCCCCAGUCGACUGGUUCCUGGUCCUUUUUAUGGCGGCUUUCCUGCUCGGGGUCCCUUUUGUCCUGGCCUUCCUCACGGCGUUUUUCACACCGGCGGUGGGCCUUUCCUGCAGAUCAUUGACCUUCACCGUCUACGCCUGUGCGCAGUUCGCACAGGUCCUCCUUUGGAUUUGGGCAUAUGCUGGGGCCCCGGGCAGGAUGAAGCAGCCCAAUACGUCCGCGAACAAUAACGGGCCAUUGGAUUUCUUUUGGCGUGCAGGCUGGCUGGACAAUCAUGGAUUUUACGACCCAACGAACACGGAUCACUUCCUGGAUCCAAAGGAGCCGAAGAGCCCUCGCACGAUCUGGCGACGGAUGAAGUCUCGAGACUUCAGAGAUGUCCGCUCCGUAUGGACAUGUCUCUGGUAUUCCCUCUACAUCUUCUUCGGUGUGAUUGCCGGUGUAGCUGCCUUGGGCGGGACCUUGAUGCAGCUGCUUGGUGUGUACACGGCCAAUAUCUGCCAGGUCUCCGCGUACGACUGGCUUGACCCGUACAGGCCUGAUGUCACCGCGAUGAUCUCCGUCAACACCAAAGAGAUGAUCGACGACGCUCAGAUAUACUGGGAGCCCUGUGGUAUCACCGCCAUCGCCUUCAUGACUUUUGUGUCGUUCGUCGGCUGGUGGUAUCAGCGGCGGAUGAAGGAUCUCUUCACCACCCUCGUGAGCGAGGUCGAUCUGGACAAGUAUGCUCGCUCGGUGGGUUGA